AUGGCGUUCGAUCUGGAUGCGUGCAUCGCCACACUGCUCAAAAAGCAGCUUCUGGGCGAAGCACUGCUCAAAGAGAUUUGCGAAAAGACCAAGGAGAUCCUGAUGCGCGAGUCAAACGUCGUCCACAUCUCGGCGCCUGUCACAGUAGUUGGAGACAUCCACGGCCAGUUCUACGACUUGAUAGAGAUCUUCCGCAUCGGAGGCUAUGCGCCACACACGAAUUACCUCUUCUUGGGCGACUAUGUGGAUCGAGGCCUCUUUUCGGUCGAGACGAUCUCGCUGUUGACCUGCCUCAAAUUGCGGUAUCCGGACCGGGUGCAGCUGAUUCGCGGUAAUCACGAGUCGCGCGCGGUGACGCAGACGUAUGGGUUUUACACCGAGUGCCAGCGCAAGUACGGCAGCGCCAAUGUUUGGACGUACUUCACGGAUAUGUUUGACUUCCUCACACUGUCCGUGGUGAUUGACGACCAGAUCUUUUGCGUCCAUGGCGGGCUGUCGCCGUCGGUACAUUAUAUUGACCAGGUCAAGAUCAUCGACCGGUUCCGCGAGAUCCCGCACGAAGGACCGAUGGCGGACCUGGUCUGGUCGGACCCGGACCCGGAUAAGGAGGAGUUUGCCAUCUCGCCGCGUGGCGCAGGGUACACGUUUGGCGCCUCGGUCGUCAAACACUUUUUGCAUAGGAACAACAUGAACCACAUCCUGCGCGCGCACCAGCUGUGCAUGGAGGGCUUCAGCGUGUUGUACGACGACCGGCUCUCGACCGUCUGGAGCGCCCCCAACUACUGCUACCGCUGCGGCAACAUGGCUUCCAUCCUCGAGGUGUUCCCCGACGGAAGCAAGCACUUUAACACGUUUGAAGCUGCCCCGGAAAACGAAAGGGACGGGCCGAACCAGCACAACUUGAACGGAGGGCCGACGGCGAACGGCAAGCACGAAGCGGUUGAGUACUUUUUGUAG